CCCCAGACCGGGAAGUGGAUUGCGGAGCGGAGGUCACCACGGGGAGCUGAAAUCCCACGUAGGAUUGACUUCUGAAGACUCAUGUUCCCCGAGGAAGAAGCCCAGGAGAGGAUGGAGAGGACAGAAAAGGACUCGAGAAUGGCCCCUUCUCAGGGAAGUUUGACCUUCGAGGAUGUGGCCAUCGAGUUCUCCCAGGAGGAGUGGGAGUGCCUGGACCCUGCUCAGAGGAUCUUGUACAGGGACGUGAUGUUGGAGACCUGCAGGAACCUGCUCUCGCUGGAUAUCUUUCAUAUACAUGUGAUGAAGAAAUUACAACCUAAAAUGAACAGUGACAGAGAAGUAUUCCAAACAGUGAGGUUGGGGAGACAUGAAAGCCAUGAAAUGAAAGAUUUUUACUUCCAGGAAAUCCAGGAAAAUACACAGGAAUUUGAGUGUGGAGAUGGUGAAGGAAAUGACAAACAAAUGCCUGUAACCUGUAUAGAAAAUCUCACUGAUAAAAGAAGUCAGUGUGGGAGAAGGGAUAUAGGAAAGAAGCCCGUUGAAAGCAGGCUUGGAUCCAGGUUUGGAGAUAAACUUCUGAUACAUCAAACUGAAGGGGAAGUUCUUCAAUGUAAUCAGGUCGCAAAGUCUGUCAACAGUAUUGACUCGUCACUGCUUGAAAGAAUUCCUCCUAGUGACCAAACUAACAUAUCAAAUACACAUGAGAAUGCCCUCAUCCAUCCUUCAGGACUGACACAGGACCAGAAAGCACACGGGGGAAAACCUUACAAAUGUAAUGAGUUUGGCAAAACUUUUGAUCAGGGCUCAUCCCUCACUGGGCAUCAGAUUAUCCACACAGGAGAGCAGUCAUGUAACUGUGAUGAAUGUGGCAAAGUCUUUAGUCGAAAUUCAGAUCUUGCAAGUCAUCAGCGAAAUCAUACUGGAGAGAAACUGUACAAAUGUAAUGAGUGUGGCAAGGCCUUUAAUCAUGGCUCAUCCCUCCGUAGACACCAGAGAAUCCAUACAAGAGCAAAUUUAUAUAAACGUGAUGUAUGUGGCAAACUUACUAGUUGGAAUUCAAACGUUACUGUUCAUCAGAGAGUUCACACUGGAGAGAAGCCUUACGAACGCAGUGAGUGUGGCAAAACCUUUAAUCAUGACAUGCCCCUCGUUAGACAUCAGAUAAUCCAUACAGGAGAGAAACCGUGUGAAUGUGGUGUAUGUGGCAAAGUCUUCAGUCAAAAUUCAGAACUCAGAAUUCAUCAGAGAAUUCAUACUGGAGAGAAACCCUAUAAAUGUAAUGAGUGUGGCAAGGUCUUUAGUCAAAAUGGAACCCUUGCAAGUCAUCAGAGAAUUCAUACUGGAGAGAAACCCUACAAAUGUGAUGAGCGUGGUAAAGCCUUUAUUGUGUGUUCAAGCCUCACUUACCAUCAGGUCAUCCAUACUGGGGAGAAGCCUUACCAAUGUAAUAAGUGUGGGAAAGUUUUUAUAAACUGUUCGCACCUUACAAAUCAUGAGAGAAUUCAUACUGGAGAAAAGCCAUACAAAUGUUUUGAAUGUGGCAAGGCAUUUAAGCAAUGGUAUUAUCUUAGGAUUCACCAAAGAAUUCAUGCUGGAGAGAAACCGUACAAAUGUGAUGUUUGUGGCAAAGCCUUCAGUAUGCAUGCAAGUCUAACUUACCAUCAGGUCAUCCAUACUGGAGAGAAACCUUACCAAUGUAAUGAAUGUGGGAAGUUUUUUAUAAACCGUUCACACCUUACAAAUCAUAAGAGAAUUCAUACAGGAGAGAAGCCGUACAAAUGCACUGAAUGUGGUAAGGACUUUAGGCACCUGUCUGACAUCAGGGUCCACCAACGAAUUCACGUUGGAGAGAAGCCUUUCAAAUGUAAAGAAUGCGGCAAAGCCUUCACUCAGGGUUCAACUCUUGCUACACAUCAGAUAAUCCAUAAAGAAGAAAAACCAUAUAAAUGUGAUGUAUGUGGGAAGGUCUUCAGUCAAAAGUCACACUUUAAAAUCCAUCAGAGAAUCCAUUCCGGGGAGAAACCAUACAAGUGUUACGACUGUGGGAAAGCCUUUCGUGUGCGUUCAAGCCUCACUUCCCAUCAGAUCAUCCAUACAGGAGAGAAACCAUAUAAAUGUGAUGUCUGCGGCAAGGGCUUCAGUCAGAAUUCACACCUUGUGAAUCAUCGUAGAAUUCAUACUGGAGAGAAACCUUACAAAUGUAAUGUAUGUGGAAAAGCCUUCAGUAUGCGAUCAACCUUAAAUUCCCACCAGGUAAUCCAUACGGGAGAGAAACCACAUAAAUGUGAUGUCUGCGGCAAAGGCUUCAGUCAGAAUUACCAACUAGUGAAUCAUAAGAGAAUUCAUACAGGAGAGAAACCUUACAAAUGUAACGAGUGUGGCAAAGCCUUUACUGUGCAGUCAAGCUUAACUUCCCAUCAGAUCAUCCAUACAGGAGAGAAACCACAUAAAUGUGAUGUCUGCGGCAAGGGCUUCAAUCAGAAUUCACACCUUGUAAAUCACCGGAGAAUUCAUACUGGAAGAAACCUUAUAAAUGUAAUGAAUGUGGCAAAGCCUUUAGCAUGCGAUCAACCUUAACUUCCCAUCAAGUCAUCCAUACAGGAGACAAACCAUUUAAAUGUGAUGUCUGUGCAAAAUCCUUCAGUCACAGGUCUCACCUUGCAUAUCAUCAGAGAACUCACACUGGAGAGAAACCCUACAAAUGUGAUGU